GUGGGCGACCGUCGAAGCUCGUAAAAGCUUUCACAUCGAAUCAGCCUUCUUGUCGCAUAGCAAAAGGUCGGAAUGGUCCAAACCAUAACAACCUGAAAGGCCAGCGGAGAAUCCGUUGGAGUGGAAGAAACCGUUGGAGUGGUGUCUGCACGUUGGAGUGGUGUCUGCUGCACCCUUGGCUACUGCGACUUCUCAUUUUCCACACCUCUAAACCUUUCUCUUCUCUUCCAAAUCCAAUUUAUCCCCCAUUUUUCACAACUGGAGUCUGUUCAGCUUCCGGUUAACAGAACCCGCAAUCUCUUUCCCCAUUUCCAAACCCUUUUCGUCCGUACAUUGAACUUAAACAAUGGAGUAUGAUCCAGAAGUUGUGGUGCUCGAUGAUAAAGAGGAUGGUCUUAGCGGCCGCGGCGUUCAUCAGUUAAUAUCUUCGCUGAAAUCGUCGUUUCGGCUUCCGGAUUUUAACAAGGUUGAGGAGUAUUUGACGCUGAGGGAGCAGCAGUUGAAGCAAGAGAAGGAUGAGUUGGAGGCGAAAAUGAAGAAAAUUUCUGAUGGAUUGUUGGCUGAGAUUCAGAAGAAGGAGAUCGAGAAUGAGUUUCUUGAGCGAAAACAUGCAGACGAGGUUUUGGAGAAACUGGUGCUUGAAGAGGAUUUGAAGAAGUGUAAGAGAGAGUGCGAGGAUCUUGAAGAGAAGGUGAAUCGAUUGAGCGAAGAUCAGAAGGUGAUGUCUGGUAGAGAGAAAAGGGCUGAGGAAAGGUAUGGGAAGUUGAUGGAAGAAUUGAAGAAAAGCGAGGAAUGCAGCGCUCAAUUAAACUGUAAAAAUAGAGAACUGGAGUGUGAGAAGAGAAGGAUUGAGGCUGAAAUUGAGAUGUGGAAGAGGAGAUUUGGGGAGUUGGAGUCCAGGGUUUUGGCUUUGGAAAAAGACACUGAGGUGCUGAAGAGGCCAGAACCCAACUUUUGUGAGAGUAUGAAGGGGAACUUGGGAGUGAGAAAUCCAGGGUUUUCUGAAUGGAGAGCAGAGAAAGAAGCGGGUAGCCUUCGAAAGGUUAAGAAUGAAAUGGACAUCGAAUCAACCAGUGUGAGCUUGGAGAACAAGAAAAUCAAUGAAAUUAGUGCCAAAAACAUUCAUGCUUCACCCGGGUUGGGCUCUAGUUGUCAUACCCCAACUCAAAGAAUCAUGGAUUUGCAGAAUGGAGGUAGUGGAAGACCUGCAUUUGUAGGAUCAGUGGACAUCAGUGACAGUGACGAUGAAAUGCCCAAAGUAAUUAGAAAUGCUUCAACUGAUUGUGCCUCCAAAGAAGUUUUAAGUGGAAAACAGCAACCAUCUCAAAGCAUGAAAAAUGUCAUGUUUUUGAGUGGGACAGGUCCUGAAGAUACACUCAAAAGAAAACAAGAAAUUUUAGAUUGGUUGGGUGAGGAAGAUUCUCUGAAAGUAAAACAAGCUUCUUCUUCAACACAUAAUCCAGUGUUUUUAAAGCGGUUGAAAGCUACAAUUAAUGCUGAAGAAAAUAUCAGGGAUACAUAUGAUAUUUCAGACAGUGAUGAUAGUUCUGACUCUGAAAGUGAAGCAGAUGGGGUUUUUCCCUUUGAUCCAGUUAUAUCAAUUGCUCGCAGCAACCAAAAAGGAUGAUACACUAAGGUUUGAAGGUAUGACUAAUGAGGCUAUCUCAUUAUUGUUUUUCCUCAGUUAUUAUUUUUGUUAUUAAUAGAGACAAUUUGGAUUUUUUGUUGAUGCACCCAGGUACGACUAAAGAAACAGUACCAUUACUGUUUUGACCGUGGCCUGCAAAUUAGGUUACUUAUCAUGCUAAGUUUCGCUUAGCAUGUUCUAUUUCUGUUUCUGCUGACAAAUUACAGCAUCAAUGGAGGAGAAAAAGCAUAUACUGUGUAAAAGAAAGAAAAAAAAUAAAAAUAAAAGCAGGAACCAUAACAUUCUGUGCAUUUUUAUUGUUAAUUUUCUUAUGCCCCCCCUACUAACUUGGUUUUUCUCAAGUCUUUGGUUCUUAAUCAAAACCAGGAUGCUGAUUUUGGUUGAGCCUGGUUUAUCAAAUGGUUCUAUAAGUUCCAGCAAGGUAUUCAAUGCUGCUUCAAUGUUGGUUGUUCAGAUUUGUCCAGCAUAAAAAAGAGUACAUUCCAGAAAAUUGAAAAUGAUUAACUUUAAAGUCCAAUUUGUUUUGUUUAUAAGCGGCCAAUAGUCCAAAACUACUUGCCAAGAUCAUGUUUGUAUGUUCCUUUCAUCUUCUGUGCAACCCAAUGGAGCAAUAGGAUACCUUGUAGAGGCCCAUUUAAUAUGGAUCUCCAACGACAUGGAGAUCUCCUACAUUAUCUUCUAAAAAUUAACUGCUUUGCAUAUUUUUUUACUUUGCUUGUACUAAUCCUUACAUGUCGAUGCAGCUGCUUUUGCUAAGAUCAACCAAGUAACCUAAGAAAUUGAUCGUAGAGUUGCAGAAGUUUGAAUGACAGAACAGACUAACCAUUGAGCACCAUUGUAAAAUCAAUUUUACUGCCACAAAAAGUUCUGGAAUGAUGGGAGGAGUUUUUUGAUUUUCCAUUCUCUCAUGGCUUUGAAAUCCUCCAUCAGGUUUUGAUGAACGUGAAUGGUGAUUUUUUUUCCAGCUUUUCUGAACUAGAAGAAUGCUUGAUGUUUGUAUGUUUCUGUUUAGGAACUUCUUCCUCGGUUUAACAAACAUGAUAGUAAAUUAAAUGGUUCUUAUUUUGUGAA